GCCUUUUGAAUUCUCUUAUUUAAUUGACUAACCAUAGCAACUCGAUUAUCAUUUUUCAAUUCUUAUCAUCAAAACUGGUCCCAAGGAGCCAGAAACACCAAAGCCAAAAACACUUCCUUUGUUACACAAGAUGAAAACAGUUUCUCUUGUCCACAAAACAGAAGAACUGGCUAAUAAAACAGUGGUUUUUGAUUUUGAGGGUACCUUGUUAAGAUCAGCUUCACUGUUUCCUUACUUCAUGCUGGUUGCUUUUGAAGCUGGUGGGUUGCUAAGGUCUCUCGUGUUGUUUGUCUCAUACCCUUUGGUGUGGCUGGUUGGUGAAGAUCAACUUGGCUUGAAGAUCAUGGUUUUCUUGACCCUUUUUGGCAUAAAAAAGGACACGUUCAGAAUAGGGUCAGCUGUUCUGCCAAAGUUCUUCUUAGAAAACAUGGGGUGGGAAGGCUUUGAAGCUAUUAUGCGUUGUAACAAAAAGGUGGCAUCAAGUAAGUUGCCAAGGGCCAUGGUUGAAGGUUUCUUGAAGGACUACUUGGGGGUUGAGGGUGUUAUAGCAAGAGACAUCAAGUCCUUCAAAGGGUAUUUUUUGGGAUUGUUUGAGGAAAAGAAGGAAAACAACACCCCUACCCAUAGAUAUGAUGAGGCUACAGCAGGCAACGACAACACUAUUAGUAUCACUGGUAGCCAUAUUGAGUAUAUUGACCAAGAGCUUUUCCCUUAUUUCAAGCAGAAGGUUUGCUUAAUGUUAAGCUCAGAGGAGAGGAGAAAUUGGCAUGUCCUUCCAAAAGAGAGGUAUCCAAAGCCAUUGAUCUUCCAUGAUGGAAGGUUGGCAUUCAGGCCAACCCCUGCAUCUUCUCUAGCUUUCUUCAUGUGGUUACCCCUUGGACUAUUCCUUUCCAUCUGCAGAUUCACCUUUGGCACUGCAUUGCCCUUCAAUUUAUCUGCUCCAGUAUUGGCCUUCUCAGGGACAAGAACCACUCUUUCAAGACCCCAAAACCCUUUGUCAUUGGUCCAAAAUGAGGAAAACCAAAAGGGCAUGCUCUAUGUGUGCAACCACAGAACCUUGCUUGACCCUCUUUACAUUGCAUAUGUUUUGGACAAACCUCUCUCUGCAGUUACAUACAGCUUGAGCAGAUUCAAUGAGCUAGUAGCCCCCAUCAGAACCAUAAGACUAACAAGGGACAGAGAAAGAGACAGAGAAACAAUGGACAAAUUGCUGAGCCUAGGAAACCUUGUGGUGUGUCCUGAGGGAACAACUUGCAGGGAACCUUAUUUGCUAAGGUUCAGUCCUUUGUUUGCUGAACUCACUGAUGACAUUGUUCCUGUGGCGGUUGAUGUUAAGGUUAGCAUGUUCUAUGGAACAACAGCUAGUGGACACAAAUGUUUGGACCCGUUUUUCCACUUCAUGAACCCGAAUCCCACGUACUUCAUUAAAAUCCUCGACAGGGUACCGCUGUCAGAAACAUGUCUUGGAGGUGGAAGAUCAAGAAUUGAAGUUGCCAAUUUUGUGCAACGUGAGAUUGGGAAUGCUUUAGGAUUUGCAUGCACCAGCUUGACCAGAAAAGACAAGUACAUGAUCUUGGCAGGUAACGAGGGUGUCAAUGAAGGGCCUUGUCAUAACUGCAAGUAGCUACUGGCUUUGUGUCAAACUUUAGAGAGAAGAAAUUAUUACAUAAUCCGAGAAGUAUGAUGGUGUCUACCAAUUUUCAUGUAACAUGUUACGGAGUUUUCCCGAAUCUUUUUCAUGAAAUGAAAUUCUCAAUUGCAUAUCAUAUAAAUUAAGAUUGGUUGUAUGGUGGUCGCGCAUCAUGUAAUACUUUUUUCUUAAGCAACAAAUAGUUAUGAAUGUUACACGUAUGUGAUGAUACUUACAUGGUUAACUUUUUUAUGCUGUC